AUGGCUGUAACAGGAACAGCCCAAGGGACAGUCGACUUCAAGGAGGACGGCACUCUCACUACAAACUUCACCACCGCUGAGGUAAAGCUCUCGCCCAUAGUGGGUCGAUUACGGUUCCCGAACCCUAUCUAUUUCGCGCCGGCCUGGACCACGACCAAAGAAGGUAGCACGGUCAAGGUGCAACUCGCCCUCAACUCUGGCUCCUCCCUCACAAUCAAUGUGCCGGAGACUGCGAUAGUUUCGAAGACCUCGCCCAAUUCUGCCCAUUUCAAUGAGAAGAGCCCUCCGAGUGGGUCCUUCGCUCUGAAUUAA